UAUAUGGAGAGGAAGCAGCAGCAAAAGACACAGCUGAUAACUAACCAGCCAUACGACGAAAGUUUGGACGUAAACGACGCAGAGGAGGUGGCUAGCGUAUGUACACCUACUCCUCGUCAGACAGUCUCCAGACGGACCGGCAGACACCAGCAAAACACUAUGGCGAACAACAGCAGUGAUGAAUUUGAGGGGGAGGGGAAGAAAAAGAAGGAGCUUCCCACAGGUCCGCGUGACAUAAGUGAAAAGGAGGAAGAUGAUGAGGAAGAAGAAGAUGACGACGAUUCUGAUGAGACGGAGUCUGAUGAAGAGGAAGGAGAGGCCGGGUCCGCACCUGAGGGAGCGUAUGACCCUGCUGAUUAUGAACACCUUCUCGUCUCAGCAGAGAUCAAAGAGCUAUUUCAGUACAUCACAAGGUACACCCCUCAGACCGUGGACCUGGAUCAUAAACUGAAGCCCUUCAUCCCUGAUUUCAUUCCAGCCGUCGGAGAUAUUGACGCGUUUCUCAAAGUUCCUCGGCCAGAUGGGAAACUGGAUAAUCUGGGCUUGCUAGUUUUGGAUGAGCCCUCCACCAAACAGUCAGACCCCACUGUAUUAUCCUUGUGGCUUUCGGAAAACAGUAAACAGCAUAACGUAACUGAGGUAAAGGUGAAAAGUGUGGAGAACCCAGAGAAAAAUCCCAAGGCUGUUGAAAACUGGAUCGAGAGCAUCAGCGAGCUCCAUCGCUCCAAGCCUCCUGCCACGGUCCAUUACACCAGACCCAUGCCAGACAUUGAUACUUUGAUGCAGGAGUGGCCACCUGAAUUUGAAGAGCUUCUGGGCAAGAUAAGCCUGCCCACUGCGGACAUCAACUGUGAUUUGGCUGAGUACAUUGACAUAAUAUGUGGUGUCUUAGACAUCCCUGUGUACAAAAGUCGCAUCCAGUCUCUCCAUGUGCUGUUCACACUCUACUCUGAAUUUAAAAAUUCUCAGCACUUCAAAGUCUUAGCAGAUGGCCAGAAGUCUGAAACUCCAUCAGUCCCUCGAGCAGCUACUGGGGAGCCAGAGACACUAACUCUAGACUGA